CUCCUUCUCGCUCAUCCCAGCCGGCAGUGCUGGGCCUUAUCAGAAAAAACCCCUCCUCCUUGCUCUCUCCCUCUUCCCUGGGUUCCUUUAACCCUGUCGGUUCCUUUCUUUUACACGGGGGGUUUAGGGCUCAGGGACCUCGUCGGGGAGAUGAAAUUCCCCCUCGCCGCCAAUUCGGCGAGCUGUUAUGUAUCCCUCGCCCCCUCUCAUUUUCUCCGCCACAAUCGCCGUUUUUGGAAUCUAAAGGAACCGAGGAGGGUAGAUGGUAUGGUUAUUAGAAGUCCAAGAUGUACGAUGGAUGUUUCUCUUGGAGGCAGCUAUAACUAUGCAGAGAACAUUCCUAAAUUUCCUCGUAUGAAUGUAUGGGAUCCUUACAAGCGUCUCGGUGUAAAUCAUGAUGCUUCUGAAGAAGAAAUCAGAGAAGCAAGAAAUUUUCUUUUGCAGCAGUAUGCUGGGCAUGAGAGAAGUGAGGAGUCUAUUGAAGCUGCUUAUGAGAAGAUACUAAUGGCGAGUUUUAGAGAACGCAAGAAAUCAAAAAUUAAUCUGAAAAGCAAAUUGAAAAAAAAAGUAGAGGACUCACCACCAUGGGUAAAAAUGUUGAUUAGCUUUGUUGAACUACCUCCAACUGACAUUAUCCUCCGAAGACUGUUCCUCUUUGCUUUCAUGGGGGCAUGGAGUAUAGUGAAUUCUGCUGAGAGUGGGCCUGCUUUCCAGGUUGCACUCUCACUUCUUGCAUGCAUCUACUUUCUUAAUGACAAGAUGAAGAAUGUUGUCAGAGCUUCAAUAACUGGAUUUGGUGCACUUGUUGUUGGCUGGGUAGUUGGUUCCAUACUCGUACCUGUGAUUCCAUCAGUUCUUCUGCAACCAACUUGGACGCUCGAACUCCUGACAUCACUGGUAUCAUAUGUUUUCAUGUUUUUAGCCUGUACCUUUCUCAAGUAAUUCUCUUGUCUUUCAUGCCAAUCCGUAGAAUGGAUUUGAAUUUGCAUGUAGCUUCCAUUGAGAUUCAGCAACCGUUACAGCAGCCUUCCUGUUACCAACAAUUUUGAACCCUAGGGGAAUUUGCUUAUCUUAAUUUGUCAUGCUACAGGCCUAGAUAUAUGAAUCCUGUGAAAUACAGUUUUAUACCAUUUAUCAUCCUUUUUGUAAUCUCAUAUUGUCCUCAUGCAGUAAAAUUAUAGGUCUCAGUCUUGCCGAUUGGUGAA